GUCAAACAAACAAGGCCGCUAUCAAAUCUAUGACGCUGAUGUCGGCUCCAUUUGCGAAUCGGCCUUUGACGCAGCAGCCAAAAAGCUCAAUGGGUUGGCUGUUAUCCAGUCUUGGUCAUGUCGUGGCCACACGAGUCCAAGCGAGUACUGGGGGGCAGCGCCGGCAGCUUGGCCGUGGACCACAGCCAGCCCGGUCCGGCCCCUUCACCUCCGACCCUUCCCCCUCGGCAGCGGCGGCCCAGCCCGCGCCCGUAUCGCUGCCUGAACAGAGACGCACGGCCGAACCCCGGGUGCCGCCCGUACCUGCGGCGCUGCAGGGCCAGCUGGCCUCGUCGCGCAGGUCCUGGCUGCGGCACUGCCUGGAGUCGCCGCUGCUCGACCCCGUCACCAACUCGCGUGUGCACCUGCUCGGCGCCUCUCACUUCGCGCCGCACGGCGGCGGUGCUGGGCUGUCGGAGCUUCAGGAACUGGUUUCAGCGCUGCGGCCCACAGUGCUUGCCAUUGAGCAGCCGUUCGACCUGGCGGCGCGGGCGGGGCUGGCCUACCCCGAGGUGAUCCGGCGCCUGGAGGAGGAGGCAUUGGCGUGUAGUGAUGGGGGCGGCGGAGCCGCAGCAAGGGCAGGCCUGGUGCUGGGCUUGGGUGCCGGCGUCGUUGCAUCGCCGCUGGCUGGCGCCGACCCAGAUGGCAGCAGCAGCCAUGGGACAGAUGGGAGCGUGCGCGAGCGGAGCCGGGAGGUGGGACUGGCGGCGGCGGAAGCAGCAGCUGCACGGCUGCGCGAGGCCCUGCCAGGGCUGGCGCAGCGGGCACGUGUGGGUCGUGAUCUUCUGGACCCCUUUGAGGUACUGGGGCUGUACAGCGGCUGCGACUACGUCACGCGGCCCGAGCAGCUGGCAGAGGCACUGGCGCUCUUCGGCUUCCUCCCGGGACUGGAGUACGUGGCGCUCGCUCAGGCCGCAGAGCAGGCCGGCGCGCAGGUGUACAGCGUGGACGCACCGCUGAAGCUGCAGGAGAAGUGGGUGGAGCAGCUGGUGGCGGACUUCAAGCUGCGCGAAUCUGACCUGUCCCGGCGGCUGCAGUACGACCUGGCUCGGGCGCAGUCGCUGCUGCCGCCCGACUUCCACGCCUGGGACGCGGAGCUGGCGGCGGCGGUGCAGGCACGGGAGCAGCAAGAGGGCCCAGGGCACAGGGACCAGGCGUCAGGCACGGGCGAGGACCCGCCGCUCUCGGCCGUGACGGCCUUUAAGGUGUCGCGUGCGCUGGCCGCGGCGCUGGUGCCGUUCGAACGGUCGCAGGACGCCUUCGGGCUGCAGGCGUCGCUGCAGCCGCUCAAGUACGGCCUGUUUGCGCGGAGGGCGCGGCACCUGGUGUUGCAGGUGCGGGACCUUUGCCAGCGGAUGUCGGUGCGGCAGGUGCGCGUGGACGCCGAGUCGGUGGCGCACAGUGCCGAUACCCCAGGCACCCAACUGUCGCCCUCCUCCCAGCAGCAGCAGCCACAAGCACAGCAGCAGCAGCUCCCACAGCUGGUGGAUGUGACGGGGCAGCCGGAGCAGGUGGUGCUGGCGGUGGUGGGGCGGCAGUAUUUGCACUACAUACGGGAGAUGUGGGCUAAUGACCGCAGCGCACUGUGGCACGGCGAGGUGCCGCGCACGUUCGCGCGGUCCUCGCUGGAGCGCUAGGCAGCAGCAGGUCUGCGGGGUUUUGGGUAGGGCAUCUUGUACUGUACGCGGUUUUGCGGUGGUUUUGGCCUGCAGACCGUCUGCUCGGUUUUAGGCGCAUGAACAUGGGCCAGCAUCGUGCGCCUUCUCAAGUUUUAUCGCCAGAGGGACGCCUGCGACGCAUGCGUGAGGGAGAGUGGUCUCAGCGCAAGAUCUGCUGCAUGGUUUAGGUGCGGGGGACACUCGAAGACGGUGAACAGCAAGAGAAGCGAGGCAUCGCAUACCCACGUGUGGUGUAAGUGUGUUCAUGGGCUGCUUGCCAUCGUGCGAUUUGAAUUUGUGCA